AGCCGCCGCCUCCUCCCUCGCUCGCUUCCACUCCUCCCGCAGCCGCCGCCUCCUCCCUCCCUCACUCGCUCCUCAUACGGCGGCGGCGGCUCCCACGCCCGCGUUCUUCCUCCCCCAACACGCCCCCGCUCGGCCCCGCACGCCUAGGCGGCUUCCACCAACCACGGCGACGGCGCAUCGGUCACGGAGGAGGGCGGCGGAUCAGCGGCGCCGGCGAUGGCGUCCGUGGCAGCGGUGGAGGGCGCGUCCCGAGCCCGCCAUUGCUGCUCUGCCCUCCCUCUCUCCGACCCGACCCGCCACCCUCCUCCGCACCUUCGCCACCGGCCAUGUCCGCCCCCACCAGCAGCUUGGCCCGGCACCGAGCGACGCCGGUCUGGACGAGCGGCGGCCGUGGCGACGAACGCUGCUGCUCUUCCGCUUCCUCGAACUCCAAGAUGCGGGACACGGAUCCGUGGUCCCUGCUUCCUUCCUGACGGCAAUGGAUCCCUUCCUUGCAGGGGUAAUGGAAUGCUAAUUGGCUGGUGGCGGCAUGUUUAACGCGCGGUGUGAAUUGGUUCCGAAUCUGACUGCAUGCCUCGCGUCCGCGGUCCACCGUUUGCUCGGUUGCCGCCAUGGGAAAGGUUGUUUGAUGCGUUUGUGCUCGUCGGUGGGACGGUGCAAGGCGCAACUCCGACGCGGUUCCUCGCCGGUUGGACGGCGUUCAGGCGCAACCCCAGCGCGCACUGAGUAUUGCCUCGGCUACAACCUCCCUCGGUGAACUCCAUCUUCCUCCUGCUCCUCUGCUUUGGCUACUGUAUCCAGAAACAUGAGACGGAUCGAAACCUGAGCGUUCUCAGCGAUUAGAGCAUUCUGGCCGUCCGAUUGUUUCCUUGAUGCUGUUCUGGCCGUUGGAUCUCGGGCUCAGUCGCUGUGGGCCGUCGGAUAUUUACCCAAUCGUCUCCAACCGUCGGAUAUUUUUCCCUGUGAGCGGUGUCCCGCCCGGCCGUGCCACCGCGCGUUAUUUGGGUGCCCCCCGAGGGUAUUCUCAUCAUUUCACUUUGUCUGUGGCGGUGGCGUUCGUGCUAGGGCGAUGAUGAUUAACUGUGGCUGAAAUAAGUUUGCCUUUGAGCAAUCGAGGCACCUGUGGGUAUCAAGUUGGAUCCUCCCUGUUGUCUCUAGAAUCCUUUUUGAUCCUGUGAUACCUAUUGAUCUGUCCUUGGAUGGUCAUUCUUGUUGAUUGAUAACCAGGGCAGCUCCAUUGUAUAAACAGAUUGAUCUGGUGAUAAGAGAUGAUGGGGGUAGGUUAUAUGAUCGAGGAAAGGCGAAUCUGAGCCCACUAUGCAAUGAACAUCAAACCCUUUUUAUUUGUAUUUAAAGCCGUUGCUUACUUAUGCUCCAGUGUUUAUAGCCGUCUUAUGUAAAGAUUUAUUCUCUCUUAUAUCUUUAUUGCAUGUAAGUUGUUCUUGAUCUUUUAUUGUUUGUUGUUGGUCCUUGAUUUAGUCUGGUUAGGAUUUCUUCUGUGUCUUAUGUAAAGAUUUCUUCUCUCUCAUACCAAUGUUUUGUCCAUGUAGUAACAGAUAUAUAUUUCAAGCAUGACAUGAAUAAACCUGAAUGGUCUUUGAGAUGAGAUGCAUGGUUGUACAAUAUUGGGUACUAAGUUAGAGAUCGGCUGUCCCUAUGAAUGCAAACUAUUGUUAGCUAUAAAUAUGUUUGCCUCCUACAGUGUUUGGCCUAAUUAGUUAUUGGGUUGAUUUUGGUAGUUCUACUUUUUUGCUGCCAACAAUCUGCAAGUUAAUGUUCAGGGUGUGCUUUGGCCUUGGGAUUCUAUACUGUUUUUAUUCUAGAUGUGGUGGUCUUAUUAGUCAGAUCAACAUUUCUUUUAUCGGGCUUUACAUGGCUAAUAUGCAUAUCCGGUAGAACAGAGUCUGCUCAUGCAUUCUUAUGCUAUUUUCACGUGUGUUUAUCUGUCUUGUGUUCAGCUGGUUUCCCUUCAGUCAGUUCAUUGCAUGAAACAAGCACUAUAGCUGACAUGUAACUCGAGUGCCUGACAUGUAACUUGAGUAUUCAGUGCAUAUAGUUUGUGCCUUUGUGUAUGAACAUUUUUCUUUCUUUCUUAGAAAGCUGCUAUUUUCAUUUAUUUGGAGAACACCUCUGAAUUUUUAUUGCACAUGAAAUGAGUCGCUGUCACUACCCAGCACAUGAGUACUCAAUGUGUGUAUUUUGAGGUCUACGUCUUCAAAAGAAAUUUGACUAUUUAUUAUAUGGGGAACUAUAGUUAGUAGCGUGUAACUGGACUCCUAUUUGGAGCAAUGGCAUCGUUGAUACUGGUCUCUGAUUUAUGAUUUGAUCCACCGCCCCUCCAGUAGCGCGGUUUUUUUUUUGCAUGAGGCUGGAUAAUUUGCAGUUCGGUCGGUGCCGUGGCGGAGGGUUGUCUUGUGGUUUGACCAGAGAGGGAGCACACCAGAGGAGCGAUCUCGUCCCCAUUGGUCAGAUUAUCCAACCCCCUCUGCUUCUGUACAAUUUUGUCGACUUAUCUGGCAUUUUCUCGGCCGUGUGGAACCAGCACAUCUACCUGCGAAUCUCCAGGCUAUGGUACCAGCGGGGUGGCUUCGAUGAUGACCCUGUCAAGAGUAUACAUAUGGUCAUGACCGACGAAAAGGGAAAUCAUGCCAACGAGACGGUGCCUAAUGAGGUCAUAGACAUGUUUGUGGACACUUUGAAUGAGAGAAAUUUAUACAAGCGUGCCAGGAUCUAUGUGAGGCAGUGGAAGGCACCGAUUCAAGACAUCGAUAAGGUUGACGGCGACAAUCAGCUAGCCUUCAUGGAUUACGUUAAUGAUCUGUACAAGUUCUAUAAAGUUGCCGAGGUGAUCUUUCCUGUCCCGUUGCAGAAUGAGCGUCGCCCCCGCGACUACAUUCACUCCCAGGUGCAUCUCAACUCCAAGAUGCGGGCCAUCCUCGUCGACUGGAUAAUAGAAGUGCAUGACAUGUCUGAUCUGAUGCCAGAGACCCUCUACCUUAUAGUGUACAUCAUCGACCGGUAUCUCACGAAGCAGCUCGUGCUUCGGAGGGAGCUGCAGCUGGUGAGGGAUUUGGUCUGGAUAACAGACAAUGCCUACUCCAGGAGGCAGAUACUGAGGAUGGAGAAAGCCAUUCUCAAUCGGCUUGGAUGGAACCUGACAGUUCCUACACCUUAUGUGUUCCUUGCGCGCUUUGCCAUGGCUGCGUCUUCCUACAAUUUGAACAACUAUAAGGAGAUGAUGAACAUGGUGUCCUUUUUUGCUGAACUGGCACUGAUGCAAUAUGCGCUGGUGCCGUCCAAGCCCUCCAUGGUUGCUGCUGCUGCUGUCUAUGCAGCCAGGCUCACACUCAAGAAGACCGAUCCAUGGACUCACACUCUCAAGCACUAUACUGGCUUUACUGAAUCACAGCUAAUAUAUAGUGCAAAGAUGCUGGUCACCGCACACUCGACUGCCCCUCAGAGCAAGUUGCAGGUGGUGUAUAAGAAGUAUUCUAGCAAGAAGUUGGGAAGAGUGGCCCUGCGCCCACCUGCAAUCAACUUCAAAUAAACGAGAUUU